AUGAGUUCCAUUUCUUCACACGAGGGUAGUGAGAAAGACGCCUUUUUUCCGCGGCCUCUUGAAACUCUUCCGCCGCGAUAUUCAUACUUGCGUAAAACCGACCUUCUCGACACACUCGAUGUCAUUGUGCGAUCGCGCGACACCGAUUCGUGGAGCGUGGCCGCAACGGUGGACGAUCAAGACUCUGUUAUCAGUGGCCAUGGUGGCGGAGGCAAUGGCCAUGCGCAAUACCCCAUUCUCAUGACGGACGACGCCAGCAGUCUUCCGUUAGAGUCACUGCGUGAAAUGGAUAUUCGCUCAUUCCACGACAGUGCCAGUAUACUUACGGACGAAGACAAGUAUCCUCGUUCUGUGGCAGCUGAAUGCGGUGAUGACGGUGCUCGUUCGCAGGCAGACUUCCAAUCAGACAGCAGUGAUGAAGACGAGGAUCUUGACCGACCGGUCGUUGUCGACGAUGAAAUUGCCGCUCCUCCUCAACCACAACCUAGCUUUGCUUCCGUCACAAGGCCAUACGCUGAGCUCUUGGAAGAGAACGAAGAGUUACGUGAACAGAUUCACGGUCUGCAACUGGCUUCCAAGCAUCAAGCAGAAGUCAUUGGUAAUUUGCGUGCUCUGCUGAAACCCGAUGCAAGUGCAGCAGGCCCUUAUGAACAUGUGAACAUGGAAUCAUACGUGCUGACCCCGUCAUCACAUCAAGACCAUGCUCAGAAACGUGAACCCUACAUUAUUGUCAACACCCGCACACUGACCCAACAAUUGGCGAGAUUGGCCGAACGAUUAACUUGCUUCGCUCGGGAUAUUGCUUGGACAGACGAUAUUGUUCAAAUUGAACAGGCCAUUUUCUCCCGCUUGGUCGAGACUUAUUUUGAAGCGCUUCCGUUUGGCACCGAAAAUCAACACCUGUUAAACACGGCGUAUGCAGAUCAAAUCCGCCGAUUUCAGUCGACGCUUGGUCCAGAUUUCGCCAAAUGGUAUCGUCGACAAACGGUGCAAUCGUUAUUCCUUAACCACGCUACAAAAGAGUACCUUCAACUAUUGCGAAGUGAAAUGACAUUAUGGUUACAAGAUUUCUUGGGUGCGGGCCACAUCGAGCAUAAACAACAAUGGGAGGAUAUUCUGGACUUAUGCAGUGGCCUUUCACUGGAGAUUCAUGCGGGUGAUACAGAUGUGUUUGCUCGAGCGAUUCCCCAAGGCACUCCUUACAACGAAGAAAUCAUGACCGUCAUCGGUGAUCAGGACGCGGAUAAAUCAAAAAUGGUCAAACUACUGGUCAGCCCGCUGUUCAUUGAUGAAGAACAAGCGGUACUUCUACCAGCACGGGUCAUAUUGGAAUAA